AUGGAGUCGCCAAUGACCCAAGCACGACCGGCCAGUGAAGAGGCUAUUGAAUGCUGGGACGAUGAUGCCGACCUACAAUUCGACGAGGGAGUUCAGUUCCGCGCUGCGUCGAGCACUGGGUCCGUGGCCAACUCAUUCCGGCCCUCCGGCCACCGCGACUCCAUUUCCUCCCGUCGUUCUGCGCGCUCUGAUGUCGAUUCCAACGCAGGAGGGGACGAAGAUUGGCAGGUUCUCUUCCCCGGCAACGACGGGCUCGCUAAAGAAGAGGCCAUUGCAUCGGCUAAAUAUGCCGGCAUUCCCAUCCCGGCCAAUAUCCCGGGGUCUGCUCUCGUUGGGGGCACAAUCAAAUUCCUAUCUUCCAAAAAGCAGAAGCGAAGCUUUGUUGACGAUUGGUCGGACGAUGUCGAGGUUCCGGAUCCUGAUAUGUUGCUGGAGCUGAAGCCCCGACAAGAAACCGUCUUUCCUGACUCGCUUCGGCAGCUCAGCUCUAUAGCCACGAGCCCGAUGAAAUCUACAGCAUCAUCCUCUUGGAAUGACGAUACCUCGACUCGUCUACAGUCUGCACUGGCCAAGUUGGAGCAAUUUCAAGAUGAAGAUGCGAGCCCCAGUAAAGACGUGCCCACGAUCAAACCCCCAACAUCUCAACCCGUUCAGCAACUAUCCACAGCAAAUGCUGGAACGAAUCAUGUUAAAACAGGGCUGGACGUGGAAGAAUUUGGUGAAGACCUUGAACUACCCCCCGACCAUGAACCUCUCGAACUAUCAUAUCGCAAGGAUCAUACCCGCUUAUCUAGUCCGACCUUGGAGGACUUUGACCUUGAAUGGGCCGAAGGGAGCAUCGGAGUUCGAGUGGGCGGUACUACCCGGGAUGGUCAAUCCCUCCCCAGCUCUUCGAUUUCAAUCGCGAGCCCUAGCGUUUCGAGUUGCCUGACCGCAGAAAGUGAAGAUGACGGUCUUGAGGGUCUAGUCGUCCCUGAUGGGCCCCUUGACCUCAACUCUCCUCUGCAGAAGCGGCAAGAAGCUCUGUACAAGGACGUCACUCCCAAGGCAAGAGGUGACCAAGCGGAUCAGGCACCUGGCGUCGACGACUUCUUUUCCGGCAUCGAUGUCGACAAUGGGAAGGCGUUUACUUCGGGGAAGUUGACACUGAAUCCCAACAUUAAGUGCAAAACGGAGUGGCCCUCGAGCCCAACACGCCGGACCGCAACCACCAUUACAUUUACAAGUACAGUUGGAUCGCCACGAACUCGUAUUCCUCGCCUUUCCGGUCAUGAACGGACGCAUUCAACUCAUCUUGAGACCGUUUCAGAGAGCGGCGCCCCUCUCUUCAAGUUUCGGAGACCACAAUCCCGGCUUGGUCAUUCGUCACAAUCGUCUGUAUCUAGCCUUCCAGCCUCGGGUCUUCUUUCUACAUCACCAACCCCUGGGACUUCUGGCCGCCGGCCCGCCGUGCCCCAGGCGUCCAAAGACUCUACUACUCUCGCUAGGGAGUCCAAAGCUUCCGAGAAACACCAGGCAGCAAAGCAGUCUAUGCCAGUUAUUCGGAGCUUGCAAGCCACUGCGUCAACCCAAGCAUUCCCGCGACAAUCACGCUCCGACGGUCCUAUUCGUCCUCUGUCUAGUCGACCUAAAACUCCCACUACUUCGGAUGGAAGAUCGCAGAGUCGCCGAGCUGCAGCGCCAUUUCUUUCAGCUGACACUUCUGGAGUUCAUUCUCAACAUACGAGUGUGAAAAGCUACCGCUCAUCACGGCGCACAAACUCGGACAGCUCCGGUGACUUUGUCAAUUUUCAGAACAUUAUCUCUCGAGCACCUCGUUCGACUCGCUCGGGGCCUUUGGCUAGUCGCUUCAUUGAGACGAGCUCGGGAACGGUUGGGCCGUCUACGAAACGCACGCUCACGCGACCUACGAGGCGGCGCAAUUUUGGGGAUGGCAGUGAGUUGGAGGCAUUUGAUGAUUUACCGACGUCUGCUUCUAUCGAGAGCGAAUUUGUCAAAACUCCGAUCGGCCGAGGGGCGCCACGAUCUGUCCGCAGCAGAGUCGGUCAGAGUCGGUCUGUUGCACCGCAGGAAGAGCCUUCGCCCCAGUCUGUCUCUCUAGCGCUUGCCACCAAGCCGCACAACACGCUGCCGAGGUUCGCACAGGAUACCAACGCUUCCAGAAAUGCCAGGGAGCAGCGGAUUGCCUCGAUGUCGGCAAACGUCAGAAGUCGGGAUCCUAAUCCACUUGCGGCUUUCGGUUCGAACUGGAAGCCCCAACCCGUCUCACGAGUGCCCCCAAGCACAGCAGCGGUCCGAAGCCGGAAAGCUAAACCGACAGUCCGGUCGACAGUUAAACCUCAGCUGAUCAAACCAAUGGGGUCUGGAGUUCACGAAGCCAAAUCUGUGAGAGGGAUGCGCUACAACCCGGCAACGUACCGGUGGGAAGGCAAUGAGAAUCUGGUGCAGGACUUUGACGUGCCUGUGACGCCCAAAUCCCCCAAGCCCGCGCCCGCGCUGAUCAGUAAUGUCGGGACGAUGCACAGUGUGCAGACCGUCGGGGGCAUGGUCUUUGAUCCCCUACGCAUGUGCUGGCUGCCGGCGGCGGGCGACGGCGGGGCGGAAGACGAUGUCUUCGCGGGCCUGGAGGAUCUGGAUGACCGGGUGGUCAGCGGUAGUGGGCGCGUAUCCGGGGCUUUUGAGGAAGAUGCCGUGGGUGACGACCCGAGUGCGGGCGAGUCCUCGGAUGAAGGGCCCAUCACAGAAGAGUUCGAUGUCGGACCGGAAUUCAUUCGACGGCAGCGGGCCGAGGAGGAGAAAUGGAGGCGCAAGGUGGCCAAAUGGAUCGGGCCCAGGCAGGACGAGCAGUGGCGGUGGAUGAUCCGGGAUCUCACGAAGUAA